UCCUCCUGAUCAAAGAUGGAUCUGCAAAUCUCAGUUUUUCUUCUCUUCAUUCUUUUCACUGCAGGACACUCUCUCAGCUGUUAUGAGUGUAUGGGUCUGAAAGGUUCUUGUGCAGAUCAGAAGUUAAAAACAUGUCCUAGUGGAUUUUCUCAGUGCAUGAGUUCAACAGGAGUGGCACAAGCUGGUGACAUUAGUACUAAAGUGAAGAUUAAAGAUUGUGCUCCUGCCUGUCAAAGUGGGUCCCUGAACAUAGGCACUUUAAAGUCGACUAUUUCCUGCUGUAACACAGAUCAGUGUAACCUCCAAGAUGCUCCAGAUCCCUCUAAUGUCCCCAAUGGAAAGACAUGUUACACCUGUGAUGUUCAGAGCUGCUCAAACACUUUGAACUGUUUUGGGGAUGAAGACCGCUGCAUUACAGCAACAGCGACUUCUGGAGGCCAGUCAGUUUCUGUAAAAGGCUGUGCAUCUAAAUCUAUUUGUGGCACCACAGCAUCAGUUAGUGACUUACAGAGCAUCUCAUGUUGUGAGGGGAACCUGUGUAACGGUGCUCAGAGUGUCUCCCAGAGCUUCCUGUUCCUCUGCUGUUCUCUGCUCUCCUACUUCCUGCUGCACUGA